AGAUUUUUCAAAAUAUCACCUGGCAUCCCUGAGUAUCUGUCAUAAAUGGAGUUGCACUGGUAUAGUAUAAACAAACCGUUUCAAACAUUCCUUUUCCCAAAGCAGAUCAGGUCUAGGAAGAAAUUUAUAGGCCAAGAGGGACUCUAUCGGUCUUAGCUGUCUAGAAAAUACAUCACAGAUGUAAGAAGAUUAUUAUAAGUUUGCGGUUAAGCAAAUGUUUAUCCAAACAUAAUUCGAGAAAUCUGUGCCAAAAUUACAUAAAAUGACUGAAUCCGAAGAACUCCAAUUGCAAGUAAAUGCGGACGAAAUGUGCCGCACUUGUCUGGGACAGUUUACUAAAAAUCAGCUGAAGCCGAUAUUUUGCAACGAAAUUCUCGAUGGAAAGAUUGUUCCGUUUCCAAAAGUGAUGGAAACUACGAUGGCCAUACAGCCUGUAAAAAACGAACUAUUUCCAAGCUGCAUAUGCGUAAACUGUAAAAGUAAGCUGAAAGAGUUGUUCUCAUUUAAAGAAAAGGCCUUGAAUGCACAAAAUUUGCUUUUUGAAAUUUUCGGGGUGCAAAAGCCUGCUCCCCCACCGUUAUGUACCAAAAUAGAAAAGAUGUCUUUGGGGGUGCAAACCGAUGCGAUGCAGCUAAACGAAACAGAUGAACAUAUAUACAGGAGAUUUCUUUCAAUUGAUAAGAUUCGUAAACCUGUGCUUAAAGAUACCUCCACUCAAUCAAGCCCCAUAAUGUCAGAAAUGUCCACUCAGAUUUCCCCUGCUGAAAAAAAGAAACGUCACGUCUCGGUUCAAGUAAUGCAACCGAAAAUGGAUGUACAAGAUUUUGGAACACAGGUAGAUUUGGAAAUAUUAGCGACGGCUCAUAAAAUCGUAGCAGAAUAUGAUGAAAGCGAUUAUACCGAUUUGGAUGUAAUCUAUGAAAGUGAAGAAGAUUUAAAUUCAGACGACACUCACGCGAAAGUUGGCCUAGUCGAGUUGCUUGAAGAUAUUACAGUUUCAAAACAAGUCAAGGAAGAACACAGUUUCAACUCAAAACCUUCCCCUACACGUAAAACGUCCAACACUGAACUGAAAUUAGCAUCGGAACAUGAUCAAGAGGAAAACGAGUAUGUUUCGUAUGAGGUUCUUGACGAAAUAAAUUUUGAGCCAACUCGCAAAUCCAGAAAAAGAACCAAGAAAAGUAUUGCAGCAAAAAAACCGGAUCAUGAAUGUAGUUAUUGCCAGUACGUUACUGAUAAUAGAAUUAUUUUCGACGAACACAACACAAUUCAUCAGCAAAGUCUAGAGAGCAUUUUUGAGAAGACUAAUUACUAUCGAUGCACGACUUGCAAGAGAGUUUAUGCCACAUCCAUUGAGCUAGAGACACAUUUCCAGUCCAGCCCAUGUGCUGGUGUUGAUCAGAGCGACUUGGUUGAAUCUGAAGAUAUCGGCAAGCAUGAGCACGUAUACAGUAAAUUGGACAUUUGUUUACCAAGCACAAAAUCUUUUCACAAAGAUGAAAAAUCACUAAUAAUCUGCAGUGUUUGCAAGUUAUCAUUUAAAACACUAUCAGAUGCUUUGCAACACCAUAACACUGUUCAUGACAACGAAAAUGACUUGAAUCAGGAAGCGUCCGAAUUGUGGAAAGUAAACGAAUACGAUCAGGUACAUGUUUGUGGUGUGUGCAACGGCCAAUUUCCCGAUGCUAGCUUCAUCAGACAGCAUGUUUACUUCCAUCGAACAAGGUUUGAGUGUCCGUUCGAUUGUAAAGAACGCUUUGGCGAUUUUUUCAAAAUGACAGUUCACAUAGGUCGUUGGCAUUUAUCUCCAGCAGCUGGUGCAUCAUCAUCAACAACAUCAAAUUCGAAUUUACUGGUAGACCUGGUCUGUCAUAUAUGCUUCAAAAGAUUCAACUCGAAAGCUUCGUACAAAACUCACACAAAAAAUCAUUUUGCCGAUCGUCGGUAUACUUGCUCGAUGUGCCCAAAAGCGUUUAUCCAGAAGUCCGACUUAGUAAUUCACAUUCGUUCGCAUACCGACGAGCGGCCAUUUGCGUGCACCGUUGACGGGUGUGACAAAAGAUUCAGAACGACUAGUCACCGACGAGAUCACAUGUCGACACACGCGUUGGAGAAAAACUUCCAAUGUGACAUCUGCCAGAAAUAUUUCAAAGCAGAACGUAUUUUGCAGGGACACCUGCGGUUACACUCUGGUUACAAGCCGUUUGAAUGUGAGCACUGUGGUAAGAGCUUCAGCAGAAAGCAUCAUGUGAAGCUCCAUAUGAAGACACAUGGUCAAGCAUGAUCAAUGUUCGAUGUGGAUUGAUUUUCUUAGUUAGAUUCCAAAUGGUUUAAAUGAAUAAGAAAAUUUAUUAUAUUUAAAUAUGAA